UGGCAUAAGCGAUACUGUAUUGACAUCCGGGCAUUGUUGCCUGGACAACAUUAGAAGCCAUUUUGAUAUUGGUUAACGUCGCUCAGUAAACAUGCCUCCCAAAAAGAAAAGUGGAAAGAAAGGGAAGAAGGGGAAAAAGUCAGGAAAGGCUAAGACCCCAACAGUCAUUGAUGGCAUUCCCACAGAGGAGAUGACUAAAGAACAGCUGGAAGAGCAUGUGGUGCGUUUAAGAGAGGAAUUAGAUCGUGAAAGGGAAGAGAGAAACUAUUUCCAAUUAGAGAGGGACAAAGUAAACACUUUCUGGGAGAUCACAAAGCGACAGCUAGAGGAAAGGAAAGCAGAAAUCAGAAACAAGGAUAGAGAGAUGGAAGAUGCUGAAGAAAGACACCAAGUAGAAAUUAAGGUCUAUAAACAAAAAGUGAAGCACUUGCUGUUUGAGCAUCAAAACAACAUCUCUGACCUGAAGGCUGACAAUGUGUGUGCCCUCAAACUUGCUCAGGAGGAUCACAGGGAGGAGGAAAAGAAGCUGAGGAAAGACAAGCGAGGCCUCAAAGUCACCCUCAAAGAGGAGGAGCUGUCCCAUGAGGACAUCAUCAAAAAUCUUAAAAAGAAACAUGAUGAACAGAUCACUCAGCUGAGGAGUGACUUUGAGAGACAGGCAAGAGAAAUUGAAGCCAAAUAUGAGAAGAAGAUGAGAACUUUGAGAGAUGAACUAGAUCUUCGGCGCAAGACGGAAAUCCAUGAAAUUGAAGAAAGGAAGAAUGGCCAGAUUAAUGAACUUAUGAAAACACAUGAGAAGGCCUUUACAGACAUCAAGAACUAUUACAAUGAUAUCACUCUCAAUAACCUGUCUCUCAUCAACACACUGAAGGAACAAGUUGAAGAAUCUAAGAAGAAGUAUGAACACAUGGAGAAAGACAGAGCAGAAGUCAUGGCUGAAAAUAAGCGAUUACUGGAGCCACUCCGUGAGGCCAAAGAACAAGUGGAUCUCUUGAAGAAACAAUUAGCAAACUACGAGAAGGACAAAGAAACCCUCAGAAUGACAAAAGCCAGGCUAAAGGUUACAGAGGAGGAACAAAGGGCCCUCAAGUGGGAGCAUGAGGUCUUGGAACAAAGGUUUGAAAAGACUCAGGAUGAGAGAGAUGACCUUUACAGGAAGUUUGUGAAGGCCAUCCAUGAGGUGCAGCAGAAGAGUAACUUCAAGAAUCUCCUUCUUGAGAAGAAACUGGGGGCACUUGCUGACACUCUGGAGAAGAAAGAGGCCCAACUCAAUGAGGUCCUGUCCGCCUCCAACCUCGAUCCCACAGCACUCACUGUUGUCACCAGGAAACUUGAGGAUGUCCUUGAUUCCAAGAACAGUGCUAUCAAAGAUCUACAAUAUGAGCUGGCUCGAGUCUGCAAAGCUCACAAUGAUCUACUGAGGACAUAUGAGGCCAAACUUACACAGUUUGGUAUACCCACAGAAGAGCUUGGCUUUAAACCAUUGGAAAGCACUGUAGGAGGUCAGGCUUUGGGACAGGGACCAGCAGGACUUGUAUCAGCACCCUCCUAGAUCUGACUAAUACCUUCCAAAUCCGUCCACUUAAUAUAAUUUUGUUCAUUUUAUGAACACUUGUGAAAUCUAUUUGAAGGCAUUACAUUACAAGAUUACAAAAUGUGAAGAGGAAAUGUGAAAACAAUGCUAUAAAAAUACACUAUGAAGGCACCAAUUACUGUUUUGAGGUCUUUAAGAGUUAUAAGUUAUUUUAACUGUUAUAUUAUUAGUAUUUUUUUUUGUAUCAAAUCAUGUCUGUGAUUGAGUUUUCCUUGUAUGAAUGGGUAAGUGUGAAAUGUGGCAAGUAUACCAGAAUAAACUGUGAUAACUCUAAAAA